CUUUUGUUGAGGGCUGCAGGCCGAACCAAUGUUCUUCCGAACUUGUCCCAGUCACAGAGUCUUUCUAGCAGCCUGGGAGGGGAUCGUUCCCAAGCUCACGUUUUACAAUGUGAAGUCGAAAUAGAACAGGGUUCGUACUUCAUAUGUACUAGUGUACAACGCCGAUAAUCGAGGUGCAGACAACGGCUAAGUUCGUUACCUGAGCUGAGAAUGAAGCGAUUCUUCAAACCAGUUGAGAAGGAUGGGUCGUUUAAGAAGCCUGCUCUUUCUCCUUCUCCAACGACUGCAGUAACAAGGGAACAAAAAGAUGAGAAGGACGGAGAAAAAGCAGACGAGAGGAAAGAACCUUUGAAGUUCUUGACAUGGAAUGCUAACAGCUUGCUUCUUCGCGUUAAGAAUAACUGGUCCGAGUUCAAGAAGUUCGUCGAAACCAUCGAUCCUGACGUCAUUGCACUACAGGAAGUAAGAAUGCCUGCAUCUGGCUCCAAGGGUGCACCCAAAAAUCCAGCAGAGCUGAAAGAUGAUACAAGCUCUUCACGUGAGGAAAAACAAAUAUUAAUGCGUGCAAUUUCAAAUGCACCCUUUGGGAACUAUCGUGUUUGGUGGUCUCUUGCAGACUCAAAGUAUGCAGGCACUGUUUUAUUUGUAAAGAAGUGCUUUAAACCAAAAAAUAUCUUCUUUUCUCUUGACCGAACAGUUUCAAAGCAUGAACCAGAUGGCCGGGUUAUCUUGGCUGAAUUUGAAUCUUUCCGCUUACUGAAUACAUAUGCACCAAAUAAUGGUUGGAAAGAGGAAGAGACCUCAUUUCAGAGGAGAAGAAAAUGGGAUAAAAGAAUGUUAGAGUUUGUUCUGCAAUCUUCAGAUAAGCCGUUAAUUUGGUGUGGAGACCUGAAUGUUAGCCAUCAAGAGAUUGAUGUGAGUCAUCCAGAUUUCUUCAGCAACGCAAAGCAAAAUGGUUAUGUUCCUCCAAACAAAGAGGACUCUGGGCAGCCUGGAUUUACCUUGGCAGAAAGGAGGCGUUUUGGAAACAUACUAUCAGAGGGAAAGCUGGUAGAUGCAUAUAGAUUCCUACACAAGGAAAAAGAUAUGGAGCGAGGGUUCUCGUGGUCCGGAAAUCCUGUUGGAAAGUACCGAGGGAAAAGGAUGAGGAUAGACUACUUUAUAGUUUCUGAGAAACUCAAAGAUAGGAUUGUUUCAUGUGAGAUGCAUGGACAAGGCAUUGAAUUGCAAGGAUUCUAUGGGAGUGAUCAUUGCCCUGUUUCUCUUGAGCUUGCGCCAAGUAUUGAUUCAAACAAAUGCUAAUUUUACUCAAGCCUUUCCGUGGCAUUUGAAGCUGCCAUGCCCCUAUGUUAUAUGGCUGCAGAUCAUUUUCUCAUGGAUUACUAAAGAAUUGUCAUACUAUGAUAGGGGCCUUGUUAAAUCAAAAUGAUUGUUUAUUUUCUUAAUCAUCCCCAAAGAUGUAUAUGCCUUUUGUUUAAUUGCAGGUGUACUGAAAUGGCAUUGUGAAAUAACUGCAAAUUAUAAACACGAACUGACACAAAAGCAAAACCUGUUUGUAUUCGGGGUCUAAUCCAAUAGGUUAUAAGUUGGUUUUAUCA